GUACUAAACAGUGUUGACAACAUUUUUAACGUUCACCAUUUUGUUUGAUCUUCUUGGCAGCCUUUUCAACCAUUUCAACAAAACAAGUUGUAGUUCUGUCAAAAUAGGACGUAGGAAGUGAUUUUUACAAAGAUUUUGAAUUGGUGGCAAGAAUUUUUUAUUUAAAAAGACUUUGUUUUAUAGAAUUAUUAUUCAAAGCAAAAUGUUAACCAAACCAAUUUUACAAAGGGCAGUUAAACAAGUUGGACAACGGUUUAAAUCCUACAAACCCGUGCCCAUCAAGAACACUUACAAUGAUUUACCACAACCUUGUGGUUCAUGGGAAACCAAUUACAAAGCACAACAAAGGAAAUAUAACUUAUAUUUAUUGACCGGAAUUGGGUGGACUAUGUUUAGCAUACUUAUGUUAAAAACUAAUAUUUUCUUCAAUUAUUCACCACCUGAUUGUCCAUCAGGCAAAAUCGACUACUCCAAAAAGUAAUGAAGCCUUUAAUAAUAGUCCUUAUGUAGAUGUCAAACGUAAAUCAGGGCUAAUUGUCUAUAGUAAGUAACCUGUUAUAUAUUACAUUAAAUAAAGUAUUUGAUAAACUACUUUAAAUUUGAGUAGCUUUCAAGAAUCUAAUGAGUUCUAGCAUUUUGUCUUUGCACAGUGAAAUUAAACUGUGUAGUAUUAAUGUGGUGGUAGUAGAUAAGUGUGAUAUGUGGGUAUUUUGUCUAGCAAUGUGUAGAUAAAAUAAAUGUAGAUGAAUAAAUA